AUGUCUCAGCAAGGGCCAGCAUGCGUGACAUGUCGAGAGAAGUGCCGGAAAUGCGACCGCACCAGGCCUAGCUGUAAAAGAUGCUCUUCGAAAGGUCUUGUAUGCAAAGGGUAUCCAGAAAAGUUUCGGUUUUGUGGUUUAGCUACAAGAGGAAAAUGGAAAAACCAAACAGCCCCAACAUCGACGAGCGCCGCGCCGCAGAACUUCCCACAAGUGCCUAUCCAGCAUGGCCCCUUAGUGGAUGAUCAAGGGUCCUUUUCCGUUAUCACCCCAUCGGAUCAUGCCAUGAGCCAAGUUUCAUCACCAAGCCCUUCAGCGGCAUGGCAGCCGCCGGAUCAUAAAUCUGUAGAGCUCGAUGAUGUGUUGAUGCUCGAUCGAACAGAGGUGCUUCUCAGGCAUUUGCUCAGGUUGGAUAUCAUUCGAUCAUUUGCAAGCCCACGUCGCCUUUGCUUCUCUCAAGACCUGCGGGAAACCAUAUCAUCGCUUAGUGGCAUCGAAUUCGAGCAAGUCAACGGAUGCCCACGUAAAUUGUUCCUGCUCAUGGGUAGAAUUUUGGAGCAUGGAAAGGCCCACUCAGAAGGGGGGCUGAAUGAUUCCCAACUCAGGUGUCUCUUAGAGAGUGCGCGAUUUGAGCUUUAUACAUGGAAUGCGAACGAUGGAAAAUAUCCAGAUAACGACAAGCGGUGGAUGGCCAUUGCCGAGGCCUUUCGACAUGCCUGUAUACUCUACACUUCCCGCCUGAUAGACAUGGGCCAGCCAGCUGAAUCGGCAAUCAUCCAGAUAUCAGUCACGGCUAUAUUGGACCACGUGGCUGAGAUUCCAGCAGACUGCUAUCUUCUAGAGCUGCUGGUCAUGCCUCUUUUCAUAGCUGGUGCCGAUGCCCUAUCUCCUUACACUCGGCAUUACGUUAUCAUGCGACUGGACAACAUCAAGGCUAUGGCAGGAGUUGGCAAUGAGUUGAUACGGGUUCUCCUAAAGUCUGUCUGGGAUGCUCGGGGGAAUCAAAAAAAGCAUGAUAAGAGCAACAUUCCGUGGAUGUGGUUUACGCGUGAUAAUUCAUCGGACCGUGAGAAUGACUACCUUAUUAUUUGA